GGCCCUGGUGACGCUGGCCGAGGAGUCAAGUGACUCCUACUAUGACGAGUCGUCCUGUGAUAACGAACACUUCUACUGUGACUAUGAUGACCCGUCCAUGUUCUACAGGUGUAUGGACGGCGUGUUUCACACAUUCAAGUGUCCAAGUGGUUUACACUUCAGGUAAGCGGCUUGCAUGUUUGCCUUUGAUGGGCUUUAAAAAAAAUUUCUAAUACUGAACAAUAUGAUUUCCUUUUUAAAGGGUAUAAUUUGUUGAAAAAGUACACCUGUUUACAUCAAUUUUGUUCUAUAUAACUGCACCCCUUCUUCUUCUUCUAUAUCUUAAGGGCCCGCGAUCAAUUUAUUGAUCAUUUUGGCUCCUAUGCAUGUAGAUGGGAUUUGCAAUGUUUCUGUUACUGGUGUUGAUGAGGAAAUCAUGCACUAGAGGUUUGAAGGCUUGAGGCAAUAGACACAAAUGUGUCUAGUGUUGUCGCCCCAACCGUUCAACCUUUUUAGAACCUUUAUAUUAAUUUUGCUUGUGUUCUUGGCCGGGUUUAGGCUGGCAAAAUUUUCGGACGGUUAAUUGACCCACUUCCCGUCAACCUAUCAGGCUGAAAUUCGGCACAUAACUCCUUGCCGAUGAGAACACAUUCUUUCAAAUUUUCACACCCCCCAUCCUCAAAGAUCAGAUUUUUCUUUUUUUUUUUUUUUCAAGGGGGAAGAUGAAGGACAUAUGAGGACACAGAUUUCACGAAAUGAAAUUCCCGAUAACUGCGCUAAAUGAGAUCCUUAAAAAAAAAUAUAUAUAUAUAGCAUGUGUUAGUGCGUUUGGUGCGUGAUAUUUUCUUUUGUUUUUCUGACAUAGUUGGUGAAAUAAAUUUGCUGUGUAAAAGCAGUGGGUCAUUAGAAUAUAACCAUAGUUCAGGGGCGUGAUCAAAAUGUGCGAUGUAGAGCCUGGGAAAGGGGGUACUAAGUGGGAUUCUUAUCAAGUGCGUGACUUAUAUGCAUUUUUUUUUCUUCAAAUUUUCAGCCCCCACCCUCAUUGCUCAAUAUUAUAUUUUAUAAAGGAUUUAUAUGAAAAACUUUGUUUUUAAGGGUUAAUUUUUAAAUUGCAGUUUGCGAAAUCUUCAUCAUAAAAUGACUUCCCAAAAAUAAACCCUUUAUUGCCACAGCAAUGGCUUGUGAUAAGAAUGUUCGUCGCGUUUCAAAAAAAUUCUUCCACUUUUGAGUAUUUUUUUUUUUAUUUUUAGAAAAAUAUAUUCCAUGAUCAGUGACACGAGAUGUGUCUUUAACUCUUGGCACAGCGCGUAACUUAGCUAUCGGGUGGAGAUGUGAUUAUUCUAUGUACUGUUCAUUCGUUGUGUCCUAUGAAGUCUGGUCAGAAUCAUAAGAUACGGUGUCAUGACUCAAGGUUGUGAUUUACUAAUAGACUUACUGUAUUAAGGUUACAAGUCGACGAAAUGCAGUGGAUUCUAAAUGUGUGGGUUUUUUUCAUGUUUGUUUUUAUUUUAAUCCCUUUAUGUGGCUGAUAAUUAAUCUUUAGGACUCAUUUUAAUUUAUCUGGCCGUAAUGUUUUUGUUACCUAAUGACAGUAUUUACCCGCGUUUUAAAGAUCAUUGGUGGCUUGGCCAUUCUUCUGUUGUCUAUAUUGUAUACAUUUUAAAUGGACUCGGCUUAAAGUUUUAUUUUGAAUACCCUUGACUAUAUCGAAAUCAGUAUCCAUCUAAAGGACUGUUCAAUAUAUGAGAUGUGCUGAUCUCUAACUUUCAGUGUGAGCAGCCAGACGUGUGACUGGCCCCAUCUAGCGGAUUGCUCCGGGAGUGAGGAACAUCUGCAGGAAACAAGCGGAACCCGAAGCGGAAAGGGCCAUGGACACGGUUCCGGUGGUGGCCAUGGUGGAAGUGGAGGCCACGGUGGAAGUGAGAGUGGCAGCAGUGCGGGGCACGGUGGAAGUGAGAGUGGCAGCAGUGC